AUGAACAGCGAACCAGGGUCGCCUUUCGACUAUCUGAGGGACCUCGAGAAUCAAAGGGACAAGGCCAGGUUAAGAGAUCUGGAGGCACAGCUUGCUGUGUUGAGGAUCGAGGUUUCUACCCUCCGCGCACACAGGAGACGACUGGAAGAGCAAGUGGAGUGGAGGUCCAACGAAGCUGUGCAAGCACAGGACACCAUUUCUGCACUAGAAGCUCAGAUAAUUGAAAUGGAAGCUGAAAGCAGAGAGCAAGAGGACCUUUUUAGCUCCUUCAGGAAGCAAUUCGAGGAUAAUAAGCACCUCUACAAGACUAGAAUCACGGAGCUCGAAACUCAGGCUGAAGGAAUGCAGCUCGAAUUGAGCAGUUUGAAGCAUCAGAAAAGUGAAUUGCAAGAAGGGCUGUUGGACGAAACUAAGCACUGGUCAUCUGAAGUCGAGGGCCUAAUGGAACGAGUUAGUUGGCUGCAGGAACAGCUAGAGACUGUAUAUAGCCACAAGGAGGAAAUGGUGCUGGAAAUUGAAAAGAAAUCAGAAGAAAUAUCACAUUACCUGCUUCAGAUAGAAGCUCUAAGAAAUGAGCUGUGUUUGAGUGAGCAGCUAACAGCGCGGGAGAAGGAAAGCCUGCAAGUUAAGGUACAUGAUUUGGAGUCAGAGAUAGAUUCAUUAAGCAUCACCAAGAGCAACUUGGAAGAGCAAAUAAACCACGAAGUGUCUCAAUCGAGGUUAGAGAGAGAGAAGCUAGAAGAAAGAGUGUCUGAACUGCAGAGAACUACUGCUACGAGGGAAAAUGAACUAUCAACUGGACAGAAGAAGUUGAAAUACUUGGAAGAAGGGGUUGAAAGUGUCACGAGCAAGCUGGAGACGUCAGAAAAUGAAAGAAUCCAUUUGCAGGUGGAGUUUGAAGCCUUGAAGAAUGACAAGAAACUACUGCAGCGCGAAUUGGACAAGGAGAAAGAGCAAAACAAAUCCCAGUUGGAGAAAAUGGCCAAAUCGAACUUCCAUAAUGUGGAAAGGAAAAUAGAAGAAAUGGCUGUAGUUUUCCGGAAACAGUUUGAAGACCAAUACAGGAUCCUGAGCCGUAGGAUAAGGGUUGCAGAACAGCUACAAACUGAAAACAAGGAGUGGUACCGAAAGACAAGGGACUUGUAUGAGAAAGAUGACAGGGACCUCAAAGAGAUGACAGCCAGAACGUCUACUGAACUGAAGAAUGUGAAGGACUUGACGGUUACAGCAAACGAAUUACUCACAAUGAUAGACUCAAAGACCUUGAAAUUCAAGGAAUGCACUGCCAAACUCCAGAAUAGGAUGUUGAAAGCCUCGCGUGGGAUCAACUCUGUGAAACAGUGGGCAGCAACGAAGAACAGAUCCAUGUCACACUUGAAAGACGAUUUAGACUGCUUGCUAGCUCAGCUUGAUGACAAGGAAACCGAGAUAUUGGCAUCCCGAGAGAAGGUCUGCAAGUUAGAAGAUACGGUGACAGAAUUAGAGAAAAUUAUAGAAGAGAAAGAAGAUGAAAUGCAAAUACUUACAAAGGAGAAGAGGGAGGCUAUACGGCAACUAUGUAUAUGGAUAGACUAUCACAAAGGCCGAUCGGAUUUCUACAAGGAUUUGUUGUCUGAACACAGGAGGCAUGAUAACAUCUUGGCUGCAUUGUAA